AUGAGUGAAGUGACCUCUUAUUCUGAUAACUUACAAGAGCUGGCUGUCUCUGAUUCCACUGAAGAACCGAUAACAUCUGAAGAGCCAUCGUUACCUUUGAAAUUGAAAUCUCAAGCGAGGCGACGUAAGACAAGAGUUCUUUUCUCCGAAAAACAGAUCAGCCGAUUAGAGGCUCUUUUUCAACGACAGCAGUAUGUGUCAGCAUUAGAGAGACAUAACCUUUCGCAGGAACUUGAUAUGACCUCUAAUCAAAUCAAAAUUUGGUUCCAAAACAGGCGUUAUAAGAAUAAGCGAUUGGCACAAGAUUGUUCAUUGAAAUUGAGUCAACUAUCAUAUGAGCCGAUACUUAACUCAAUUAUUCCUCUUGGAAUGAAUGUAUUUGAUAAUUGGCUGAAUUAG